UUAUGGAUAUGAAAGACUUAGACAACAACUGCGCAACUUGCGGUAGCACAACCGCAAAGAAAUGCGGUAAAUGCUGUAAAGUGCGGUAUUGCUGCAGGGAUUGCCAGGUAAAGGACUGGAAAAACCAUAAAUUAAAUUGCAAUCCUUUUGAGAUAAAGGAAUCAAGCGGCAAAGGGUUGGGACUUUUUGCGACAUGUGAUCUGAAUAUCGGAGACCUAAUUGUCCGGGAGAAUCCUAUCUUGUACUUCGAUGCUGGUCAUACCUCUGAUGAUAUCCUAUCCGAUAAUUAUUCGAUUAUGCUCCCUGGGAGUGAGACGUUUAAGGAAGCGUAUGAGGCGCUGAGUAGGGAAAAGAAGGAUCUGGUUCUUGAUCUCACUCAGGAUUCAUCUUCCAAUGAAGUCGAAGAGGAAUGGAAAAAGGCAAUGCGGGUCUUUGGUACAAAUUGUAUAGCAGUAGAUGAUGACGAAGCUAAAAACGAUGCAGCUUUGUACGCUACCAUAGCCAGGAUCAACCACAGUUGUUCACCGAACGCCGAAUGGUGUUUCAUGGAGACGGUAAGGGCGGAUAAAGAGGUUAGAGCUAUUAAGAGAAUCAAAAAAGGAGAGGAAGUGGUGGCUGAUUAUAUUGCAGACAAUGACUUCCUCACAUAUCUGGAGAGGAAAAAGAUUCUGUCCAUGAAGUGGAAUUUUGAAUGUGUGUGUUCAAUUUGCACCUCCGACCAUGCUACUGACGAUGCAAUGCGGACAAAAUUAAAGAGACUCCAUAACGAAAUUCCUUAUUACGCCAGAAAAUUUGAAUUGAAAAGUGCUAUAAAUGCAGCCCUUGAAAAAUGCAGGAUUUUGGAAAACUGUGAGUAUCUCGUGUCUUUACUUCCCAUAGCGUACUUAGAGCUCUAUGAAACAAUCGUGGGUGCUGAGCAGAUUACUGGUAUGAUUGGACUCAAACCACUUCCGAUUUUUGGGCAGGACUACGAGCACUACAGGGAGAAGGCGUUUGAAAUGAUGAAAAAAUCCAAACUUGCGAACAAAAAGGAAGGGUACAAUAAGAAAAUGAACCGUCUUGCUAAAAGUCAUGGCUGUUUCAGAGAUCUGGGGGGGGGCCAACCAUAUUAA